AUGACUGAAGAUUCCACCACAAGUUCCAAAAUUCCGUCCGCACCCUUUGCCUACCUUUCCAAGGAUACCGAAUUGUUUUUGGAUCUUUCCGGUCUCGAACAAGUCUUGUCCGAAUCCAACGACCAACGUCAACAGGCCUAUGAUUUGGGAAAUCAAAUCAAAGCAGCCUUGUUGAAAUGUCGGGCGUCCUUGGAACAACAUCAAACUGCGAACAAAAAGAAGGAAUUGCAAGACUCCUUACAAGCCUUGGUGCAACAAGCCUUGAACUUUUCUUCUGCUUCUGCUUCUGCUUCCGACAGCGACAAAGAUACUACGACGAGUAGUGGUAGCGUCGUUCGCAUGGGAAAUCUCAACAACAGCCUGGCCGAUUAUUUGCGUCAUCAGGCCUAUGAACAUUUCAUUGAAACUGGAACUCUUCUUUCACCUCCUCCUCCCAACACUGAAUAUACGGACGAGGAAUAUUUGGGUGGAAUUUUGAGUUUUGUCAAUUUUGAUUUGAAACGAUACGUCAUUGGAAGGGGGACCCAUCGGGAUGCACAUUCGGUCUUGAUUGCAAGAGAUAUGGUGGCAACCUUGUUGGAUCAUUUGCUCCAAUAUGACUUUCGCAAUGGACCUCUACGACGCAAAUAUGACGGAGUCAAGUACACUCUCAAGACAUGCGAGACAGUCCUCUACGAACUUAGUGUCACUGGAUGUCAAGAAGCCAUGGAGGCACAACAACAACAGCAACAACAAGAAGGAGGAGGAGCUUCCACCGAACCACCUCCCUCCAAACGAUCCAAAUCGGAGAAAAGCAGUAGCGCUCCAGCAUUGAAACCUUCUCCCUUUAUGAAUGUGGAAGCCUUGGAAGCGCUCCGUUUGCGCAUGGUGGAGAAGGAUGAGUUGCGGGAAAAGCUCAUAAAGAAGUGCCGGGAUGGACAAAAGGCUGCGAAACAGGCCAUCUAUGCGCUUCAUCGGGAUGAUUUUGAUGGAGCUGCUCAAUUGCUACAGCAGUGCGAACAAUGCAUCUUGGAAGAAUUGGAACCCAUUGUCAAAUUGGAACCCAACUUGCGUCACGGAUCCUACUCCAAUGUUUUGGAAGAGUAUGCCGAAGCCAAAUUGUACCAAGUAUGGUUGGUGGGAAAGGACAAUGGUGGCGAUGGUGAGGAUACAUCAAUGAUCCAAACAACAGUCCCAGCCAAGGUGGUCCUAGUGCCUGAUGAUUUCUCCAAGAUCCGUCUCGAACCCCAAGAGUAUCUAGGUGGAUUGUGUGAUUUGACGGGAGAGAUUGGUAGAUUUGCUGUCAAGAAGGCAACCAUUCGUGACAAGGACAACGUCAAGAAUUGUUUGGAAACUAACAUGUCGGUUCUAUAUGCCAUGGAAUCGAUGGGAAGGAUCCCCGGGAAUAUUGGCAAAAAGGUUGAUCCUCUUCGAAGAACGGUUGAAAAGCAAGAACGAAUGCUGUAUGAAUUAAGUCUGGUGGAAGCCACUGGUAGAAAUACCAUUGUUGCAGGGGUAGAGGCUAACGCAGAAGAAUAA